AUGGCCGCCACUGCCAAAACAGUAGUAGCAACAGGUGCUUCAUCCGGCCUGGGCUUCCACGUAAUCAAGCAUCUCCUCUCCCAAACCUCGCAGCCGUACCUUUUCAUCCUCGGCGCCCGCGAUGUGUCCCGUACCCAAGAUGCUUAUCGAUCUGCAUUUCAAGGAGCGGCCUUGGACCCCCACUCUCUUGAGAUCCUGCCGCUGCAGCUGUCUGAUCUCAAGUCUGUGAAACACUUUGCAAAGCAGACGUUGGAGAAGCUUGAGGGUAAAAGGAUUGAUUAUUUGUUGUUGAAUGCUGGGAUCACGAAUGGCGCUGGGACUGAGAAACCGGGGCCAGGAGGGAGCAAAUGGUGUGAGGCGUUGGUGGUCAAUCAUUUAUCCCAACAUUACCUGAGCCACCUUCUCCUCCCUGCGCUUCUCCGACCUGGAUCCGACAUAGCAGCCGAUACCACCGCCGACAGCAAUAGCCGCAUCGUCGUAGUGUCCUCGGGCGCCAUCCGCCGCGUUACGGACCCUAGCACGCUCGAAGAGGAUCUGCUGGCCGGCUCGGGCAAGGACGGAAACACUGUAUAUGCCGAGACCAAGUUUGUGCAGUUGCUCGGGGCGCAUUGGUGGCGGAGAAAGCUGAAGGAUGCGGCGUGUAAGGUGGUGGCCGUCAGCCCGGGAUUGAUCCCCGGGACGGGCAUUGGAAGGGGAAGUGGACUCGUGUUGAGCAUGGAAAUGAAGGAUGCGAAGAGUGUAGACGAAGGGGCGCAGAGCAUACUGCGGGCUUUUACGCGGGAUGAUUUCCCCGAAGAUCCGAAUCGCAUCUUUUUGACGAGCUGGGGUGAGUGGUGGGAAAGUGAAACUAUAGGGAAGACGCUGAAUAAGGAACUACAGGAUCGGUGGUGCUCUGAGAAGGAGGAGAUUGAGACGGAGGAGGGGUUGAAGGAUUUCUAGUUGUACAGAGGGAAACUCGGCAAUGUUUAUAGGUGUAUUCCCUUGUACUCGAGGAUUACCUGCUUGCGACAGUCCGCUUUACUUUUUAUUUUUCUAUCUUUUUAUUUUUUUUCAUUUUUUUUUCUCUUUCUCUUUCUCUUUGGAUUGUCUACGCUUACCUCUAUAUAGUUGAAAUUCUACAUAUUUCUCCCG